AUGGACUCAAUGUGGCAGGCCGUCAAGGCCUAUUUUGGAGAGAACCCCAUUCGACUGACAACCCAUUGCUGCGAGCUUCAAGCACCUUCAGUCCGCAAUGAGAAUAUCAAUUUCGGCGUAGAGAUCCCCGAGGACGUGAUGGGGCUCUUCUCCGCCAUCGGCGAUACCGUUAUGCCACCAUGUACAUGCGACAGCAUGGAUGCGCUGUGUCAGCAUAUUGAUGACUUCAUUCGCACCUCAUCGGACCGGCGAAAAGAAGAUUACAGCCUUCACAGUGGUAAGGUUGACCAGACAGCAGAGCAGGUUUGCCAAUUUGCCAUGCGUGACUCACUGCAAUGGUGGACGAUAUGGCAUGGUUCACUGGAGAAUCACCAGUGGAAGCAUUUAUAUCUGGCCUUCUGCACCAUCUCCGAUGACUUGGUGAUACCACCGCAGGACUUGGCCAAUGGCUCAUUCCGCCUACUGGGCCAUACCCUGGCUGAAGUCCUGGAAGGGCUGCGAGGCGAGGGUAUCCAUCCAAAUGAUAUCCGGCUCCUAGAGAUGUUGAUCUGGCGCCAGUAUAUCAUGCAGUAUCUGGAGAAGAUUGAUACCGGCCUUCGCCCCUUAAUAUUGGGCAAGACUACUGUGAUGACUCAAUUCCGUGUCAUGACUGCAGGUGUGCACAAUGUGGCUAUCAUUCUGCUGGCAGCCCGUGGCAUCCGAUCCCAAGGGCCGAAGGAUGCGGGCGUUGAGAUGGCAGCUAUUUGUGACUGCUUAUCCAUGGACAUUGCUAAGGAAGCACUCGGUGUCCUGAAAGGAGAAAAGACUGAAUCGGUCGCUGGCCGCAAUCGGGCACAAUUGAAACGCGAACUACGCUGGCUCUAUGUCCGCUGUAUUGAGUACCUUGACCUCCAGCCCAAUGCCAUGUUUCUUCGCCGCUAUGCUACGGGGGCUUUAUAUUUGUGCCCAUAA